CAGUAACCAAAUAAAUGAGGUAUAGUGAAUACGUCUUUUCCUUUACGAAUACGUCGUUUUUAAUCUAUGUAUAACUUAUCUAUGGAAAAAAUAUAAUUUAAACAAUUUGAAUAAUUAUAUUUACCAUACUCUUUGCAUACUCUUCCCAAUAGAUUUGUUGCUUAUAGUAAUACAUAAGUAACAACUCAGAAACAUGUGGAACUCUGAAGCAGAACCCAAUGAAGACAAUAGCGUACGUUUGUUUGAUAAAAAUAUAUUGCAACUUCAAAUAACCAAUUUUUAUUUUUAUAGAAAUUGGAACAGACAGCCAAACGAGAAUUAGACCAUGGUGGCUCAGAUGAUAGUACUUCAAAGGCCACUGAAGAUAAAGCCAAAAAGCAGCGUACAGAAGUUAUUAAUAACCCGACAGACACUAAUGAUAGAAGGUAAAUUUCUGUAAUUUAUCAUUUUUUGUUAAAAAGUUUUGUAUAACUGUUCUAACAUAAUAUUCUGCUGUAUUGUUUUGUUCACUUAGAUAUCAAACUAACUCAGAAACAUUGGGACCGGUCCAACCUAUUGAUGCAGCAAUUUAUCUGGCUAAANAAUCAAAUAUGAACAACAGUUUAUCAAUACUUGUGGAUACUCUUUUAUGUAUCUUGGAACCCUUAUUUUGUCUUGCUCAACAAGUUCCAGAGUUAUAUGUUCACUCCCAAGACAUACUGGAAAACCUUAUGGAUGAUUUAGAUAAAAUAAUGCAAGGGUUUUAAAGGAUUAUAAAAAAUAAUUAAAGUAAAUUCAUUAUUAUAAUUCACUAUUAAAAAUACAUUUUUGCUUGUAUUCAUUAAUAUAUUAAUCUUUUAAUAUUAGUUUGAAAAUAUAGUUUAUCUCCAUUUAUUAUAUUAAAUUUAUAUACAAACC